AUGAGUUACGAAACUAUACCCACGAGCGAUGAGAACUUUGACCGAGAUGUCUCGGCUACGAAUCGCAAUGUAUUUGGAUGGUACCUGUAUGCGUUCUCGAGCGAGCCCUUCAUAGUGUCGGCGAUGUCGACAUACUUUCCGCUGCUACUCGAGGAGUUUGCACGGAACAACGGCGUACAGGUCGACGAUCACACAGUGGCGUGUGGAGCGGAGGACAAGCACUGUGUAUUGCCCCUUUUUGGGCGGAGGGUGUUUGUAGAUACAUCGAGCUUCGCGCUGUACACGUUUGCACUCGGGGUGCUGCUGCAGACGGUGCUGGUGAUCAGUGUUUCCGGUGUAGUGGACGUUUGCAAGACAGUACGCUUCAAGCGCAAUGUGCUGCUUUCUUUCGGGAUGGUCGGUGGGCUGGCCACCUGCUCGACCGUGCUGCUGCGGGGAAACCAGUACUACAUCUUGGCGCUGCUGACGGUGAUUUCGAAUUGCUGUUACGGGGUGAUCAACGUGGUCGGCAACUCGCUUUUGCCGGAUGUGGUUUCUGACUUGAAGCGCGUGCUGUAUCUAUACAGAGUCAUAGAUUCCGACCAGUUGACGACAGUGAUCAGCGGGCGCGGGAGUGGCAUAGGUUACAUUGCUGCAUUUGUGGUACAGCUAUGCUCGGUGUGGUUAUUGAGGCAGCCCGAGUAUCGUGACGAUAUCAGAGUGGCGGUGCUGCUUGUGGGCGGCUGGUGGAUGCUCUUCCAAUUGCCUCUGAUUUGGAUGUUGGAUGAUGUUGUGGUACGCGAGAAUAGCACGCAGUUCAAGUGGAGCCGGUCGCGGCAGUACUUGAAAGCCGGAUGGCAGUCGCUUGGACAUGCUGCUAUGCAUGCUAACUUGCUGAAAGAUGUGCUGAUCUUUCUCGUUGGAUGGUUUAUCAUCAGCGAUUCCAUUACAACCAUCAAUUCCGCAGCGAUUCUAUUUUCCAAGACAGAGCUUCACAUGAGUACUGUUAACCUAGUCGUCAUUAGCAUUCUCACGAUGAUAAAUGCUGUCAUCGGCGCAUAUUUUGUCCCACAACUCCUCUCAGAACGGUUGGAGCUACCGCCACACCAGUCGUUGAUAUAUCUCAUCUGCUGGGCAGGCGUCAUUCCAUUUUACGGAACCUUAGGUUUUGUCUUUCAAAGUAUUGGACUAAAGCAUCCCUUUGAAAUGUAUAUACUUGCUGUUUGGUAUGGCAUUUCCAUGGGAGGUUUGGCAGCUGUUUCAAGAUCCGUGUUUUCUCUUCUCAUUCCUAGGGGUAAGGAAUCUACAUUUUUCAGUUUAUUCAGCAUUACAGACAAGGGGUCUUCGGUUGUUGGCCCCUUACUCAUUGGCCUAAUAACUGACAAGACUCACAACAUCAGAUACUCAUUCUACUUCCUGUUCUUGUUUGUUGUAGCAUCAAUUCCAGUUUUCAAUGCGCUAAAUGUACAAAGAGGCAAAGUGGAAGCAGAAGAACUAGCGGGGAUAAAUGAGAGUAGGCUGGAGACAAAUGAUGGGUUUGCUUAA